AACCCAAAUCUCAUUCCAAGUCCAAUUCAAACCAACAGCAAAUAAAAAAAAGGCAGGCAGAAGUUGGGUAGAAGUUUCAACGUCGAAUCCGAGCAAUGGAGGUCUCCGGCGUCGUUUUCCGGCAGGUUCCGUUCUUCUCCGGCGCUGGAAUUGAUACUCAGUCUUCAAAGUCCUCCUUUUCCGGCGUCUCUGUUGAUUCCGGCAACCGGAUUUCCGCUUUCUCUGAACUUCGUCUUCUGGGAUCUCGAGACUCCAGGGUUGCAGUAAGACCUAGAAAGCCUUCUGGGUUUCGCGACGAAAGUCAUUUGAAGUAUUAUUAUGAGUCGCCCAGGUGCGGUGCAAAGAAGGAUAAGGACAAGGUUACAACCAAGAAGAAGUCGAAAUUGCUCAAGGCCUUGUCGAAGGACUUGUCCCUGUUUUCUGAUUUGGGGUUUGGAGUGGAUUCUGAUGAAGGCCUGUUCGGCGAGGUUAAGGGGAAGAUGAUAUCGGAAGCAGCAGAGGUUUUACUGAAGCAAUUGCAACAGAUGAGAGCAGAGGAGAAGGAAUUGAAGAGGAGGAGAAAAGAGGAGAAAGCCAAGCUGAAGGCCACCAGGAUGGAAACCGGGGUUGUUUGUGAAUCUUCUUCCUCCGAAUCCAGCGACAGCGAAUGUGGGGAGGUGGUUGACAUGACCCACCUGAGAAGUGGAGCUGUUGUGGAGCCAAUUAAAGAUGAAUCACAACCAGUCAUUCAAGAAGCCAAAGGCUUGGAAGAGCCCAGUUUACUGCAACCAGUCACAACCACUCUUAAAGGAGAGUGCUGCACAGCAGUCAAUACUGCAACAAGUGUUGCUGUUGACCAGAAUGAAAAGACCCAAGUGAUGGGAGCAGGGGCAAAGAGGAUUGAGGUGUGUAUGGGUGGGAAGUGUAAGAAAUCAGGAGCUGAGGCACUGUUGGAGGAGUUUGAGAGGGUGGUUGGCGUGGAAGGUGCUGUGGUUGGGUGCAAAUGCAUGGGGAAGUGCAGAGUGGGCCCUAAUGUGAGGGUUUUGAAUUCCAUUGAAGGGGUUGAGGCUGAGGGAAUGGAUGAUUCUGUGAGGACACCCGCUAAUCCUCUGUGUGUUGGGGUUGGUCUGCAGGAUGUUGGGAUAAUUGUGAGCAACUUCUUUGGAGAAACCCAUGAAGAUAUUGGACUGCCUGCACCAGCUUAGAAGGCCUUUCUUCUUUUUCAUCUUCUGUGGAUACACAAAAUCAAACGGGCGUUAUGUGCCGUGCCUUUUCUUUUUUUAUUUAUUUUAUUUUUACUUUUUAGGGUUUGGGCUUUUGUGGCGCAUGUUGAAGGGUAAUAAUCCCUUUGUAAAUGUAAAUAUCCGGUUUGGUCAAUUGCCAUACUCAGAAGAUAUCCUUCUUUUCACUAAAA